AUGACUAUCCCGGAGAAGCAAUGGGCCCAAGUGGUCGAGAAGAAAGGUGGUCCCGUUGUUUACAAGCAGAUUCCGGUUGCAAAGCCUGGCCCGGACGAGAUUUUGGUCAAGAUCAGGUAUACCGGAGUUUGCCAUACCGACUUGCACGCCAUGAAGGGUGAUUGGCCACUCGAUUUGAAGCUUCCUCUCGUGGGCGGACAUGAAGGAGCUGGCGUGGUCGUCGCCACGGGUGAACUCGUCAAUGAGUUUGAAGUUGGAGACCACGCUGGUAUCAAAUGGUUGAACGGAUCCUGUUUGGCUUGUGAGUUCUGCAAGCAGGCUGACGAACCCCUCUGUCCCCACGCUUCGCUAUCCGGCUACACCGUCGAUGGUACGUUCCAGCAGUAUGCCGUCGCCAAGGCCAGUCAUGCGUCGAAGCUUCCGAAGGAAGUUCCUCUUGAUGCUGUCGCUCCGAUCCUAUGUGCCGGUAUCACCGUCUACAAGGGAUUGAAGGAGUCUGGGGCCCGUCCCGGCCAGACCGUCGCCAUUGUCGGCGCCGGAGGUGGACUCGGAUCGCUGGCUCUGCAGUACGCCAAGGCAAUGGGACUUCGUACCAUCGCUAUCGACGGUGGCGAUGAGAAGAGAGCCAUGUGCGAGAAACUCGGAUCAGAGGCAUACAUCGACUUCAAGACGUCCAAGGACGUAGUUGAAGACGUCAAGGCAGCCACUCCGGAAGGUCUGGGCGCUCACGCUGUGAUCCUUCUCGCUGUGGCCGAGAAGCCCUUCCAGCAAGCAACCGAGUACGUUCGCUCCAAGGGCAGUGUCGUCGCUAUCGGCCUGCCAGCCGGCGCGUUCCUUCGAGCCCCUGUCUUUAACACCGUUGUCCGUAUGAUCAACAUCAAGGGAAGCUACGUUGGCAACCGACAGGAUGGCGUGGAAGCGGUAGACUUCUUUGCUCGCGGACUUAUCAAGGCUCCGUUCAAGACGGCUCCUCUGGAGGAGUUGCCGCGCAUCUUCGAACUGAUGGAACAAGGCCAGAUCGCCGGUCGGUAUGUCCUUGAAGUACCUCAGUAA